AUGGAGGAUGUCGUCCAGCCUGCUGCACAAUUCUACUGUGAUCCACAGGCCCAAGCUAAAGCCCCGACCCACCGUGCCCAACUUCAAUCUUGUGAGCCGCUUGGAGAAAUUCAAUGUGCGCAACAGCUCGAGGAUACAGCCGAGGCGCCUCCGGUGCAAGGCACCAUGAUUGAUGUUCCAAGUCUGCCCUCUCAGGUCUCAAGUCUGGUCGGAAGCAGCAAUCUGCUCAGCCUACAGUCAAUGUCAACGACUCCGACCUCACUCAUGUCAUCCGGUGCACCGCUAUCCGGUGAGACAACACAGCGAGCGCAGCACAGUCUCCGUAAUGUCUCGACAGGAGGUUCUCCGAUAUAUGAGCUAUCGAGCGAGCAGCUGAAAUGCCAGUGGUUGGUUUUCCCCCGUCAAGAUUCUCCCAUGCUGUCGAAACCAUCAAUUGCAACCGUCGAGAAUGCUGCUGCUGCAAAGGUCUUCUUCGAGUCACACUUCAAUGCGUUGCUUGGGGUCAAUUCGUGCCCUCGCUCGAUGCGCAGGCGUAACCUUGAGCGCAAAUUGUUCGCCAUGGCGCUUCCAAAUGAGCAACGCCAACAGGCGAGACAAGAGUGGCAUCGUGCGGAGAGCAAUCACCUUCGCCAGACACGUGUUCUGAAAUCCAAAAGUCUCAUGCGACAGAAGACUAAGGGAGUGCAUAUUUCAAACUAUGAUAUUGUCCGCGUUCUGGGCAAGGGAAGUUUCGGAGUCGUCCGACUUGUGCGCGAGAAGAGCGACCCGUCCAGCGCUAGCGGGUACUCUACUGGGAGCAGCUCUGACAAAACAUCCUACGUGGACGGUACGAGUGAAACCGGAGGUCCAGGAGCUCAGAAGCAGGUCUUCGCCAUGAAGGUUAUUCGCAAAUCCGACAUGCUCCGCAAUAGCCAAGAAGGCCAUUUACGCGCUGAACGCGAUUUCUUGGUCGCUUCCGAGAACUCGAAAUGGGUAGUCCCGCUGAUCGCGAGCUUCCAAGACAACAAUAAUUUGUACCUGGUCAUGGAGUACAUGGUCGGAGGCGACUUCUUAGGCUUGCUGCUGCGCGAAGAUAUCCUUGACGAGGGUGUCGCGAAAUGGUACAUCGCCGAGAUGAUUCUUUGCAUCGAAGAGGCGCACAAGAUGAACUGGAUUCAUCGAGAUAUCAAACCCGACAACUUCCUUAUCACAUCUUCCGGUCAUCUGAAAAUCUCUGACUUUGGUCUCGCAUUCGAUGGUCACUGGACUCACAAUCAGACAUACUACAACGAGCAGCGAUACGCUCUGCUCCGCGAUCUGGACCUGCAGGUACAAGGUGAUGCUCAAGACUGCCAAGAGGAAGAGGAGAAGCGGGAGCGCCGAAAGGCGAUUGACCUAAUCAAUGGAAGGGCUCCUCGCGAUAGAUUCGUAGCCAAACAAGAUGGCGCAAGCGGGCCUAUUCUCGACUGGCUCAAUCGGACCCAAAAACGCCAAUUUGCAAAGAGCGUGGUGAGUCAAACUGUAUACAUUAUCUCAAAGACAUGGGCUCACCACAUCGUUUAG